CUAACGUCUCUUGGCGCGAUCCCGACGGUUCCCAUUUCUGUUGAGCAUCCGGUUCCGUUAAACCUACCUUCUGUAUGGAAACGCCCCGUUACAAAUUCCUACCGGAAGACUACGACCAUGUGUACGAGCCGGCCGAGGACAGUUUUCUGCUGCUGGAUGCCCUGGAACAGGAUCUGGACGAGCUGAGAAGUCGACAACCGUCGAUAUGCCUGGAAGUUGGCCCCGGCAGUGGUAUUAUCGUAAGUGCUCUAGCGAAAUGUUUGGGUUCUCGGGGUCAUUUUCUGGGGGUGGAUAUAAACCCGGCCGCCUGUCGGAUGACACGGAAAACAGCGUCGUUGAAUGACUGUUUGGUUGAUGUAGUUAAUGGUGAUUUGUUGGGUAGUUUUCGAGAUAGUUCCGUAGAUUUGCUGGUAUUUAAUCCACCUUACGUUCCGACAGCUGCCGAUGAAGGGCAGCUGGAGGAACAGAUUGGCGAGUUUUCUGAGGGUGCCGUUCCAUUAGUUCGGUCCUGGGCCGGCGGAAAGGACGGCAUGUUGAUUACCAAACGACUGUUGGAUGAUUUGGGACGAAUUCUGUCGGCGCGGGGGAUAUUCUAUUUGUUACUGAUUAAAGAGAACGAUCCGGAUUCGGUAAUCUGUCAUCUGGAGGAUAGGGGAUUUGAUUGUUGUAAAGCAAUGGAACGGAGAAUACGAGGGGAACAUUUGUUUGUGAUAAAGAUACAGAGAAGGUGAGAAAUUAGGAUUGAGGUCCUUGUAAAUAUAUGAAUAAAAUACAAUA